GGUAGAAUUAAGAAGGAUGUGAAUUAAACAAAAAUGAAAGCAAAAAUAUGCUUCUUGAGUCUUAUUAUAAUCCUUUAUGCUAUGAACGCAUAUGCAGAAACAAAAUACUCCUCUCCAAACAAACAAAAAAUUACCAAACUCAGUUUGUUCUUACAUUAUAAUCUGGGAGGAAACGAUGCUAAUGCCGCUAUAAUAGCGCAACCAAACCGCACAACUAAUACAAACUCGCUUUACCCAUUCGGUACUCUUUUAGCUGUAAAUAGCGGUUUAAGAGUAAGUGCCGAACCAACCUCGGAACUCGUCGGACGAGCUAAAGGUUUGAGUGUAGCAGUGAGCCAGCAAGAUGAUGAGAAUUUGUUGGUUCUUUGUUUGGAUUUUGGAUAUACUAAAGGUAAGUUUAAGGGAAGCUCAUUUGUUGCUUGUUCAAGGGGUUCCGCUGUAGAGCCAUUCAGUGAGCUUGCAGUUAUUGGUGGAACAGAAAAAUUCAGGAUGGCUAAAGGUUUUGUCAUGUCUCAAAUUUAUUCGCGCGGUGUUAGUGCCACCGGAAUCUUUGCCAUUUAUAAAGUCCAUGCAACUUUAUUUCAUAACUAAAUUCCGGGGUAUUAUAUAACGAGCAAAGGGUCAUUCUCGUUUUUAACUUGUGUCUAGAAGUUAAAUAAUUUACACUCGGUCAUUCUAAUCAAUUGAAGAUAAAACUGUCUAUUUUUAAAUCAGAUACUUUCUAUUUGUACGUCAUUUAAAGACAAAUUAGGUUAUUUUGGUUGUAAACUCGUUUGCAUUUUAUUAUUUUGUUCUUAACUGAUCUA